UCUCGCGUUUACUACGUAGGGCGACUUUCACUGACUGUGACACGGGAAUGUCCUUCCUUGACGCCUCGGAUGAUCACGAAUAACCAGACUACAGUCAGUCACUGGAUGGGAGAGAUUGUAUGCCCAUGGUUAAUUACGGAUGGUUCAUCAUCAAGUCCUGAGCUGGCUGAUCUCAGACCAGAGGGGAAACCCCAUUUUGGCUGAAUGUGAGGGAGCUGUGGCCUGAAGGCAUUUUGAUUACUGAGAUGUCAAUGAAACGAGGAGAAGGGAUGUCCAUCGCCCAGGCUUUGGCCAUGACUGUAGCGGAGAUACCUGUCUUUCUCUAUUCCACAUUUGGGCAGUCCAUAUUUUCCCAGCUAAGGCUUACACCAAGCUUGAAGAAGGUACUGUUUGCCACAGCGCUGGGCAGUGUAGCUCUAGCUCUCACUGCUCAUCAGUUAAAAAGGCGAGGAAGGAAGAGGAAGCAGGGAACACAAGAGAAGGAUGGGCAGAAGACAGUGGGAAUACCAGAGUCACUCAUGAAGACAGGACGACCUUCAUCAUUAAAGAGAGGCCCGUUUACUGGCCGACAGGUGAUGAGUCCCAGUACUCGAAGCAAUGACACCAUGAGUGGAAUUUCUUCCCUGGCUCCAAGUAAACAUUCAAGUUCAUCACACAGCCUGGCGUCCAUGCGAGUCCCAAGCUCUCCAAAUCAGUCUGCCAAUCCAUCCACCCCCUGGGAUGCAGAGCCUGUGGUGGAAGAGUCAGGGGCAGUAGAGGACGCUAAUGCAGAGAAUCUCUACUUAAUGGGCAUGGAGCUGUUUGAGGAGGCUCUGCGAAAGUGGGAACGGGCCCUGAAUAUUCGCCAUCAACCCCACUCAACAUCCAGCAACAACAGCCUCUCUCUGCAGGGAGCAACAUGUGGAGACUUUGCCAUGGGUGAAGCUCGUAAUAAAGUGUUUGCUGAGAAGUUAGAGACAUUACUGCACAGAGCGUAUCACCUACAGGAGGAUUUUGGGAGCAGUAUCCCAGCAGACAACGUGCUGGCAGACUUUGAAAGUGAAGGAACUCUAAUCUUGCCUCAAGUGGAGAGUUUCCACAGACUGCAGGAGGACGAUGCCACUACUGUUACUUCUGAUGAGUCCUUCUUCUCGGCUGCAGAGCUGUUAGAUGCCAUGUCUCUAGGGGAGGUCUAUCAGCCUCUUAAGCCAGCAGCCCUAUAUGAAGAAGCCUUGUCUCUGGUCCAUGACGAUAAAGUGGCCUAUAGGACCCUGAGGACUGAAUUACUUGAAUGUUAUAGUGACCAAGACUUCCUUGCCAAGCUUCACUGUGUGAGACAAGCAUUCCAGAUCCUGUUGUUAGAUGAAACUCACCGUACAUUUUUCAUGGAGACUGGAAAGCAAAUGAUUGCGGGUUUAAUGGUAAAAGCAAACAAGAGCACCAAAGGUUUUCUAGAAAGCUAUGAAGACAUGCUGCUUUACACUCAGAGAGAGGAAACAUGGCCUAUCACUAAAAUGGAGCUGGAGGGACGCGGGGUGGUUUGUAUGAACUUCUUCGACAUAGUGCUGGACUUCAUCCUGAUGGAUGCAUUCGAAGACCUGGAGAGCCCUCCUUCCUCUGUGGUGGCUGUGUUGAGGAAUCGCUGGCUCUCUGACAGCUUUAAAGAAACAGCUUUGGCAACAGCUUGCUGGUCUGUCCUAAAAGCCAAAAGGCGCCUUCUUAUGGUUCCUGAUGGGUUUAUCUCCCACUUCUAUGCCAUAUCUGAACAUGUGAGCCCAGUUUUAGCUUUUGGAUUUUUAGGACCCAGGCAGCACCUAAGUGAAGUGUGCACAAUUUUUAAGCAACAAAUCGUGCAGUACCUUAAGGACAUGUUUGAUCAUGACAAGGUCCGCUUCACCUCUGCGCAGUGUUUGGCUGACGACAUCCUGAACCUUUCCCACCGCCGGAGUGAGAUUUUACUUGGGUAUCUGGGAAUCGAUAGCCUUCUCGAGCUCAAUGGUGCCCUGCCCAGAGACACAGAGGGCUCUUCGGGGACCAACUAAGACAAGUAGGGUCACGAAGAGCUUCACCGGGCUUGUACCAGCCAACAGUAAAGGGGCUGAUGAGUGGGGAACAGCAAAAAGUCACAGCUCAAUUGUAAAUGUGUACUUGUAUUAAGACUGGAAUGAUUCAUGCUCCUGUGAUACACUGAGAACCAGCAUUAUUCAUUUAUUCAUCUGUGUAAGGGGUUAAACACGACUACUUCAAUAGGACAUACUUUCACCAGGUCUGUAAUGUCAUUGGUCCUUGUGCUAACAAGGGAAACUGACAAUCCCACCUCUCAUGUUGCUGCUGUCUAAUGUAUCUAGAACACAGACUGCAGGCGUGUAAUCACAGACGUGUGAGGACUUGUCCCUGCCUUGUUGGGUGAUUUCUUGAGAACAGAUCUGACAGAAGCAUUAGCAGCACAUGAAGACUGGGCCUGCCACACUUUAAAUCCACAUGGAUUGAGUGUUUUCAGAGAACUCUUCAUCACCUCUGGAAUUAGGUGGAAUCAUGUGUGGGAGUCAAUACUGGUGUGUGUUUCUAUGUUUUAUAUUAAACUAAGGAAGAUUAUGCAUUUGAAACAGUGAUAAUUCCUGACAGUUCUUGAGCACUUUGGCCAACUGAAUACAUGUGCUCCUAUGAGAUGCAAGAUGGGAUGGGUUUGUCUUGGCACUUGUCCUGAAAUCCUCUUUAAUCUCUAUUUAUAUUUUUCUCCACCUUGAGUUAAUUGAGCAUAAAAUAUGAUAAGGCCAAGAGGGUGUGUCGAACGCAAAAAGGCAUUUGAUCUUGUGCAGGGUACUGGCAUGUUACUCAUGAAUACGUUCUACAGUAGUUUGACACCAGAUGUAAAGUGUUCACAGUUGCUGUAAACACAAGUGCUUGAUUAAGCAUGUGGUAAGGGUUUAUGAAGUUUUAAUUUCUAUAAAUCACAACACAAAUAUUCAGAUUUAAAAAAAGCAAAACAGCACGUCCACCAUAAAUAAAAGAAUACCAGAUGUGAAAUAUCUGUCUGGCUAUGAUUACAUAAAACAUAACAGAGUGUAGAAGAUGCUGAAGAAGAUAAAUCUCUUAACCAGGUGCUCUCAGGUAGUAUUUCCUAAUUCUAAAGUCAGUAUUUGACACAUUCUUGCAAUUGAAUUGCUUGCAAAUAUUUGGGUCUAAAUUGUACAACCUUAAUCAAAAGCAUUAAUCACAGCUUGUAUGAAGAAUAAUCCCUGAACAAAGCAGAUAUUACUCACUUGUCAUAGCAGGUGAAGUACGCGCCACUAAUAAUACCAAUAGCGCUGUUUUGUUCAGUGAGCCGUGACACUGUAUUGUUCACACAACAUAAGCAGUAGAGCUUUUCUGUGGCAGCUUUGACUCAUUAGCAUCAAAGAUGGGUUUAAAGUAGGUGAGCCAGAGUCACAGCCCAGGUACUGUGCAUGCUUACUAUUACUUGUUGACUCAUUUAUGUUAGUGUUUACACCUUUAAAUGAAAAAGGGCCCUGGGUUUAGGUGUGUUUUUAAAAAAAGAAAAGUGGAUGCUGGUGGAGAUUUAGUUUAAAAAUAUAUAUAUUGACACAACCUCUAAAUGAAACAGCAUCUAGUACUCUUAGGAUAUUUCUAAUGUUAUAAAUAUCUGUAAGUAAGAACCGGGCGUCGUACAGCUGGACUGUCAUCCAUAUAAGUGCACUGCUUUGCUUUCCCAGUACUGUGACCUUGUUACUGAAUGGCAUUUAUUCCACAAUACUCGAUUGCACCACUACUGCAGAGGCACGUUUGUGAUAUACAGAUUGAAACAAAAUUAUUGUCAUGAAGUCUAAUGAAGAGAUUAUUUGUUAACAGAGAAGCACAGUUGUCUAUGUGUGGAGAGAAAUUUCAGAUCACUUUACAGCAUUUUAAUGUCAGUAGUUUAUCAUCUGAAUCAGCAGCUCUUUGGCGUUCUUAUCCAUACAAGUGUGUGUUUGGUGGCAUUGAUAAUCCAAAUUCAAAUCUCUUAAAUUAAGAGCUUUGAUUGGAUUUUUUUUUUUCCCCUCACCUCCUUAAUCUGUACUGUCUGUUAAGAGUCAGUAUUUGGGGGGUUGGUUGGUGGUUUUGUCUAACAUGAACCAAAACUGUGAAUAGAGCUUUUACAGAAAAUAAUUUGGUUCCUUCUUGUGACAAUGAGCAUUUUGCACUUUAGAAGAAAAAAAAAUACAAGAAUGUCCAAUAACCCUGUUUUAAUAGCUGUUAAUGUAUUUGUUGCAUCAAAGAACUGACAUAUUAUUGAUAAUAUAGAGCAUAAAUGCUGUACAGUAGAGAAAUGAUCUUUCCCAGAUCUCUAUAAAUAUGAAAAUUGUUUAUUCUGCUUACUAGGUUUUGUUUUGGUCUGAAAACAUUUUUUUUCCUCCUUUCUUGGUCAUUUUAUAUCAAUGUGUGUCAUGCAGAUAAAAUGCUGUUAUGGGAAAGUGCUUCUGUUUAGUCUUGUGUCCACUUACUGGUCACAUCAGUGUAACAUGCUACAUGUAGACCCAGGCUUAGCUCUAGCUGUAAGUGUUAAAGGUCCCAGAUUAGAAAUAUUUAGAAAGUUAUCGUUUAAAAAAUAAAAUUCAGUCAUGGAGUCUUCUUCUUAACAUGUACUCGAUGCAAGAGUUUUACAAGAGUUUCAGAUGGCCAAAAUGAAGAGAGAGAUUUUUGUUUUGAAAGUCACUGCUGUACUUCAAGUGUCCUACUCAUGCCUUUUGUCUUUUCUAUUGUUAAAUGACGUCAGAAACUGGUUUGAUUUUAAUUCUCCGUAUUAAAUGUUAUUUUUUGUUAAAUGA